AUGGCUAUAACCCUGCUACCACGAAGUAAUCUUCCUGUAUUGGGGGCCGUUCGACAUCGUAAAUCCAAUCGCUGUUCUUGCGAUAUACCCCCCCGCCGCCGAAGGACGACUAAGCCAUCGAAAUGGCUACCGAUAUAGAGUCGGCGGCUGCCACAGCUCCAGAAACCCCCUCGGGCAACAAUGAUACAUCGUCCUCAUCCUCUCAUGGUGGUCCUAUCGAUACCGAGAAGCUUGGAAGGAGUAGACCUUUACUUUUUGCUAACGGCUGGGUUGAAGUAGGGUUUUGUAUAUCCGUUCUCGGUUCGGUGAUGAUGGGGGAGUUCCUCAUCAGCGGAUUUAGCGUAUUGCUCCCGGUGCUCAUCGAAGACACGGGUAUCGACCCCGGCCAGAGGACCUGGCCCAUCACCGUCUUCUCCCUCGUCGCCGGCUCGUUGUUACUACCCUUUGGCCGGCUUGUCGAUAUGUUCGGCGGCUACCCUAUCUAUCUCGGGGGGUUAUCAUGGCUAACGCUGUGGGCGAUAGUUGGAGGAUUCAGCCGCACUUUGCCGAUGGUUUUAACGAGUCGAGCUCUCCAAGGAGUGGGAGCAGCUGCCUUCCUACCUGCUGGUACGACGUUAUUAGGAACCACUUACCGUCCCGGUCCACGAAAGAACGUUAUAUUCAGCUUUUAUGGUGGUUGUGCGCCUUUGGGCUUCUUCUCUGGGAUCGUUGUUGCAGGUCUUACGGGCGAGUUCCUUUACUGGGGUUGGUUUUUUUGGAUUGCAUCUAUACUACUGGCUUCCUUGUGCUUGAUGACCUUUUUCUGCGUUCCUCAUGAGUGGAAGCGUGGCGACUGGUCCUUAAUGGAUUGGUGGGGUUGCCUUACUAGUAUUUGCAGCUUAAGUCUACUUACAUACGCCAUCACCGAUGCCUCCCACGUUGAAGGCCAUUGGGCUUCCCCUCAGAUCAUCGUUACAUUUAUACUUGGGCUUAUAGCAUUUGCGGCUUUUAUCUAUGUGCAAGGAUGGGUUGCCAAUUCUCCUCUACUACCUUUGGACUUAUUUUCUAUCAAGUACAUCGGACCAAUAUUCCUCGUCCUCUUCAUAGCAUGCGGCUGCUUUGGCAUAUGUCUCUUAUACGCAAGUUUUUAUAUACAGAUUGUCCUUGAAAUCCCGCCGUUACUCGCCGCACUUUGGUUCUCUCCUAUGGCUGCCGGUGGAAUCAUCAUCGCUCUCUUAGGCGGAUUGACACUCCAUCGCUUACCUGGAACUAUACUCCUCCUGCUGGCUGGGACAGGUUUCGUAAUAUGUCCUCUCCUAUUCACCCUCAUCCCCCAAAAUCCUAAUUAUUGGCGGUGGGUUUUCCCGGCAAUGGUGUGUACGACAAUAGGUAUUGAUAUUAGCUUCAACGUGAGCAGUAUCUUCAUUACUACCAAUGUCCCCAAACAUCAGCAAGGCCUAGCAGGAGCAUGUAUCAAUGGGUUGGGAUACCUGGGCAUCAGUUUCUUUCUCGGUUGGGCGGACUUUGCUGUCAUUAGUAGAUCGAGUGGGCUUGGAGAAAGUUACAAGGUGGCUUUCUGGUUCGCUGUCGGAUGUGGAGCCGGAGUCAUCUUGCUAGUCUUGGGCUUCGUCAGGAUUGGUAAAGCCAAAAGUGACUUUACGGUAGAUGAGAAAGCACAGCAAAGAGAAGCAGGUUGCGAAAGUGAGCAAGCUAGGCAAGAGACGGGGAUUAUAACAUAAUCUUGAAAUCUGUAAAAUAUUGAUCGCCUACGUCCACAAUUUCGAGAGAGGGAGACACAGGUUCACAAGUGAGGACCGUUUCGGCCCUCCAGACUUGGUUCGAAGAGACAUUUGCGAUGUGAAUCACCUCUAUUUUCAAUACCGGGUGUAGAAUUAACUGCCUAAGUUGGUUUCUAGAUUUUACUAACUAAAUACUAUUGAG